CUGUGUGCUGCUGAAGGGGCUGGGGCGCGGCCACCGGUCUGCACAGGCAACACCAUGGCGCUCACGGUGGUCAGCAUGGCGUGUGUCGGGUUCUUCUUGGUCCAUGGAGUCUGGACACAAAAGGGUGGUUGGGACAAUCCCUUCCUGUCUGCCUGGCCCAGCACUGUGGUGCCUCGAGGAGGACACGUGACUCUUCGGUGUCACUAUGGUGGUGGGUUUAACAACUUCACCCUGUACAAAGAAGACAGACUCCACGUUCCCAUCCUCCAGGGCGUUAUAUCCCAGGAGAGCUUCCUCAUGGGCCCUGUGACUGCAGCACAUGCAGGGACCUACAGAUGUCGGGGUUCUCACCGACACUCCCCUACUUCAUGGACGGCACUCAGCAACCCCCUGAAGAUCAUGGUCACAGGAUUCCACAGAAAACCUUCCCUCCAGGCCCUCCCAGGUCCCCUGGUGAAAUCAGGAGAGACGGUCAUCCUGCAAUGUUGGUCAGAUAUCAUGUUUGAGCACUUCCUUCUGCACAGAAAGGGGAUCUCUGAGGAUCUCUUGCACCUCGUAGGAGAGCCCUGUGAUGGGGGCUCCCAGGCCAACUUCUCCAUAGACCCUAUGAAGCCUGGCCUUCCAGGGACCUACAGAUGCUACGGUUCUGUCACUCAAUCCCUCUAUGAGUGGUCGGCUCCCAGUGACCCCGUGGACAUCGUGAUGACAGGUCAAUACGAGAAACCUUCUCUCUCAGCCCAGCCGGGCCCCACGGUUCAGCCAGGAGAGAACGUGACCUUGUCCUGCAGCUCCCGGACCUCAUUUAACGUGUACCAUCUAUCCCGGGAUGGGGAGGCCCCUGAACUCAGGCUCCCUGCAGUGCGGAGCGUCAACGGAACAUUCCAGGCCCACUUCCCUCUGGGCCCUGCCACCCACGGAGGGACCUACAGAUGCUUCGGCUCUUUCCGUGACUCUCCCUACGAGUGGUCAGCCCCGAGUGACCCAUACCCCUCCCCCACAGGAAAUCCUACAAGCGGUUGGCCUUCACCCACUGAACCAAGCUCCGAAACUGGUUUCCCCGGACACCUGCACAUUCUCACUCGGUGCUCAGUGGUCAUCACCCCCUUCACCAUCCUCCUGUUCUUGCUCCUUCAUCUCUGGUGCUCUCACAAAAGAGUAAAUGCUGCAGUAAUCGACCAAGAGCCUGCGGUGGACAGAACAGUGAACAGGGAGGGCUCUGAUGGACAAGACCCUCAGGAGGUGACAUACGCACAGCUGGAUCACGGCAUUUUCACACAGAGAAAAUAUGCUCGUCCAUCUCAGAGGCCCAGGAGACCCCCACCAGAAACCAGUGUGUACACGGAACUUGCAAAUGCGGAGCCCAGAUUGAAGGUUGUCUCCUGUCCGUGA